UUUUCUGGCAUACACCUUAACGCAGCAGAAGAAAAUGGCCGCACCGUGUAGAAGGAUGGCGAGUCGGCCUCUGUCUUUGUUUGUGUCUUGUUUAAGCAGGACAACAGUCAGAGAGACGGGUCUUCGUCUGUUUCGCAGCACUCCCGUGUGUCGGGCUACCCCGCAGAGCAAAGCUGUGACAGAAAGUUCUCCGUGGACCUUGAUGGCGGCGGCGUGUCUGCAGCGGCUGCCGGUCAUCUCCGCCGACCUCAACCCCAUAGAGCAGCAGUUCGCGCACUUGAUGCAGCAGAUGGAGCUGGAGAAAAGUAUGCUUUCAGAUCACGAGCAACGGCUGUUGGAGGACAGCGAGAGACUGAGUCGUAAGCAGGCAGAAGACUAUGACUCCGACGAAGAUGGCGACCACCGAGGAGAGGAGAUCAUGUUGGCUCAGGACCUCGAAGACUCCUGGGAGCAGAAGCUCAAGAGCUUCCAGCCAGCGCCGAGGGUCAGAGCUGAUGUAGAUGAGGACGUGACAUCAGUGGAGCGCUGCCUGGCGGACCCGCUGGUUCUUCUGGCUCAGCAGCAGGUCGGCAGCGAGAAGAUGUGGCUGCUGCCUCAGACUCGGUGGCAGGAGGGGGAGACCCUGCGUGAAACAGCGGAGCGAGCUCUCACCUCCCUGCCAGCAGCUGGCUUCAAGGCGACUUUCCUCGGCAGCGCCCCCUGCGGCGUGUACAAGUACAAACUGCCCAAAGCCGCUCGGACGGCCGACUCCUUGGGAAUCAAAGUGUUCUUCUUCAAAGCCAUCCUGUCCGGCGGCGCCCCCCCCGCAGACGCCAGCUCUCCCUUUGUGUGGGUGAAGAAAAGUGAACUGCAGCGCUACCUGAAGCCAGCCUACACCAUGAAGCUAGAGCGCUUCAUCCUGUGACCGUGAGGCGUAAACUCUCACCAGGUAUUCUGACGUACAGAACAAUGAUGACAUAAAAUAUGAGGCCCAGAGAGUCAUCACUCAUCUGCUGUUCCACAUCAUAAAAUGUUUGUUCAACCAAAUGGUAGGUAUGUUCAAAUGUAUAAAUAAAUUGUUUUUCACAGA